UCCAAUAAUUUAAGCUAUGUAUCCAGGGUAAAAAAAUAACCCUCAUUUAUAUAUAUGUAGCACAGAAGAGGAAAAUAUUACAAAAAUAGAUAUGGAGUUUCCCCAAGGCAAAGGGGUGUUAGAAAGAGUGAUCGGUAGCGAUGAGUGUAAUUGUAACAAGGGGUUCUCCAGCAGCUAUAUGCUUAUGAAGCCCCAAGAAGCAAAGAUCUCAGAUCUGGGCCGCCUCUUGUUUUCAAGCAACCUCAACAAAAGGAAAUUCCUAGAUUCAAGUCACCCCAAAGAAUUCAAUUUCUGGCACAGAUUCUUCAUCUUCCUUUCUAUCAUCAUUUUAAAGCUCCUCCAAGUGUUUGCCACUCCACUCGCCUUCUUUGGGUUCUGCUUCGAGUUCUGGCUCAACUUUUUGUCUACUAACGACGGCUUCUCCGGCAUCCUCCUCAAUAUCUUACGAUUGAAGUUGAAAAUACCGGAGAGCUCAUCAGCGGAGUACCUGUCGGUGAUUGGUCAUUUGGAUGGAAGAAUAAUGUUAGACAAAGACAUUAAGCCUGGUGAUGUCAACUACUUCGGAGCUCUUUGCAUGAUGGCUUCUAAACUCGCUUAUGAGAAUCAAGCUCGCGUUAAACUCGUUGUCAACGAUGUUUGGAAGAUGGAAUUCUUGGGAUUUUUCAACUUCUGGAAUGAAUAUGAAGAAAAAUGCUCAACACAAGCAUUCAUGAUGCGGGAUACGAAAGUUGGUCAUCACGACACCAUCAUCGUGUCCUUCAGAGGCACAGAGCCAUUCAAUGCCGAUGACUGGAGCUCAGAUUUUGACAUAUCUUGGUAUGAAAUCAAAGGCGUCGGAAAAAUCCAUGGGGGAUUCAUGAAAGCACUUGGCUUACAGAAAUCCAAAGGAUGGCCCAAAAAAAUAGAGAGACAAGAUCAUGAAAGACGUCCUUUAGCCUAUUACACCCUCAGAAAAAGGCUAAAAGAACUUGUGAAAGAAAAUGAGCGAACAAGGUUUGUAGUGACAGGGCACAGCUUGGGCGGGGCUUUGGCCGUCCUAUUUCCUUUUAUUCUGGCGUUCCAUGACCAAAAGUUACUGCUGGAAAGAUUAGAAGGAGUGUACACAUUCGGACAACCUCGGGUUGGAGACCACAAAUUCGGAGAAUUUAUGUUGAAAACAUUCUCACGUUACAAGAUUCGUUAUUACAGAUUCGUUUAUGGUUUUGACAUGGUCCCUAGAUUGCCCCUUGACGACAAGGCGUUGAUGUUCAAACACUUUGGACGCUGUAUUUAUUUCGACUUGAACUAUGUUGCGAAGAUUCUUGAAGAAGAGCCGUUCAAGAACUAUUUCUCGAUAGUGGGAGAAGUAGUGAUGAGAAUACAAGCAUGUUUGGAGAUAGGGAGAAGCUUCACAAUUGGAUGGAUAAGGGGAAAAGAGUACGAGGAAAGAGUGCUUUUGAGGCUUGUGAGGCUGUUUGGAUUGGUAUUGCCUGGAGUUCCUGCUCAUUGUCCUCAAGAUUAUGUUAAUUCAACUCGUUUGGGUUCAACAGACAUCAUCUUUUCUCCGCCUAAAACCGAGUAUGAUGUAAAGAUUCAGUAAUACUUUAUCUUUUUCUUUCCUUUUUUUAAUAAUAAAAAUAAUAAUUGUUGCGCUAUAA